AUGGCCACUCCUCAACAGUCGAUUACGACCGUAAACGGGAGACGAUGUACCCGUUCACGAGCCCGAACGGCCCUCACAACUUCCAAACCUACAGAGCCGUCAACCGCCGCUCCUCCCGCGGUCACUACAUCCACAGCCGCUGAAGAGACAUCGCAAAUACAGACCACCACCACCGCCCAGACAUCGUCUCCGCCUCCUCCCCCGCCACCACCGCCUUCUUCGACGGCACCGGACUCAACAACUACGCCAGCCGACCAGCCAGUACAGCAGCCAACUGCAGUGCCGACAACAUCUACAACAGAAGUAGCAGCAACGUCCGCGAUAGGUACGAGUACCACGGCCCCUACAUCUUCCGAGCGGGUAACACCGCUGGCCCUCUCGUCUUCAGAGCGGGCAACGGCAGCCGCCCAGCAGCCACCAGAGACUCAGGCGCCGCUGGAAGAAUCUUCUCCAGUCGCCGUGGUCACUCUGUCUCUGUCGUCACAAGUUGCUGCAGCGUCUUCAGCUGUGCCUCUGACCUCUGUACCAACAAGCUCUGACACAGAACAAUUAGCUGUUCCAACGUCACUCGUUGUAUCUUCGCGCGUACCGGCCCGCUUCACAGCUCCGGCUAUAUCCAACGGUCCUACUCAGGACACGAACCCUCCAUUACCUAUCGAGACCGAUACGAGGGCACAGCCAUCUAUCGUGACAGAUUCGCCCGCCCAAGCACGGCCACAGCCAACUACUUCAUUAGUAGACUCUACACCCACUGGAGGGUCGGCUGGUAUAAUUGCUCCAGAGGGAUCCACUGGUGGCGAUGACGGCCCCCUGACCUUUGCGAAUAGUGGCAAUAUAGGAGGCAUAAUCGGAGGAGUCUUUGGUGGCGUCGCUGCAUUGGCUCUCAUCAGCAUACUGCUCUUCUUUUGUCUACGGAAACGGAAGUCGCGACCAGUACGAUGGAACGAGAAGCAAGAGACAAGCCCAAGCUUCCUAGCUAGGCUGAAGACGAUACCUAGUGGGGUGGGAGCAUUCGUUGCGAGGAUAAAAGGAAGCGAGGCUGGUCCGAUGAGCAACCCCUACCAACGUCAUGCUGCGCAAGCCAGUGUUGGAUCAGUAUACUCGAGAGACUCUAAUGGCAGAGGCCGAUCGAGCAGUGAGCCGCAAGGUUUCUUCGGAGUUAAGCGCGCAGGCUCCAACAACAGCAGAUCAAGCAAGAAGAGUGAGAGGAAUCUGCUCCGCAAAAAGCCAAGCAGCAUAUCAUCCAAUUAUCGGUUCCCAGGCAUCAUCGAAGACACGGGGUCGCCAAAUCCAUUUGCUGAUCCCGGACCGCAAAGCAAGCUAUUGGUACUCAACCCCGACCCCCGAAGCGCGCCUGUCACACCCCAAGUUCCUGCAGCGACUGCAGACGCCGCGCCACGAGAUCCAUUCGCAUCUGUCAUGGAUCCACCUGGAGCUGCGCCAGCAUGGGCUCAACCACCUACUCACCAUCAUCAACGGACGAUGAGUUCGAUAUCUGCGUUAAGCUCACACCCUGUUUCGUCGUUCUACACAGCAGACAACCCUUUCCGAGACCCACCUUACGCACCGCCUGUUCCCACCCAAGCUGUCUUGCCGAGCCACGCCCGUCGUUCCUCGAUGGCAUUACCAGGCUUCAAUGCGCUGUCGACCGUGGAUGCGACAUCAACAUUCGCUUCGCGUGACUCUGAUAUCUUCUUCGGAGAACCGGGACCGAGCAGACCUUCUACCAACUUCUUCACUCCAGCACCGACAGGUCGAACAGUCCGACAGUCGGAUCCUUUCGACCUUGACCGGCCAGAAGUUCUUGGCUUUCAUAGUAUCUUCAACCGGAAAGAUGUGAAUGGGAAUAUUACCCGACAACCCACACGAAGUAAACGAACAAGCAGUGUUGGCAAUUGGGGCAAUACCGCGACAGACGUCAACAACUACGGAUUGUUUCCGAGAGACAGUACAAAACAGCCACCGUGGGGACCGAACGGUAGGAGAUGA